AUGAGAAGUGCUUAAAUUUGAAGAAUGUCACCAGUGAAAAACAGAAGCUCUUCGAACAUUCUCUGUGGAUUAUCUCUCUCUCUUAACAAGACUUAACACUUUAUGAGAUACUGGAGUUCUUUGAAAAGUCAAAGAUGAUCAAUGUUAAAAUCUGCACUUUGUGCUUCCUCAUACUGGGUGCCUUCAUCAUCAGGACAGAAUCAGUGAGUUGCUGCCUCAGGUACACUAAACGGCCAAUUCGUUGUGGAAGUCUGAAAGGCUACGACAUCCAAGGCAUCACUCGCAGCUGUGACAUCCCAGCUAUUAUCUUUCAUACGGAGAAUGGAAAAUCAAUCUGUGCUGAUCCAGCACAACGUUGGACGCAAAACAGAGUCGCAUGCCUGAAGGUAAAAGCAGCAAAUAUGAAGACUGGAAGUAUGUUUUAAGAAAACACAAAAAUGAAGCCUGCAAAUUAUUUUAUAACUCUUUAAUAUUUAUCAAUAAAGAACAGGCUAUUGUAUAUCUUUAUUAGGAUUUUUAUUUGCCCUUAUUCUUGCAGAAUAUUUACUGUGGCAAAAAAAAAAAACAUUUUUGUUUUAAAAAGGCAUCUCUUGGUGUGUGUUAUUUUUUAAAUAUUAUAUAAUAAAAUUAUAUAAUAAAUAUGAUUGUACUCCAAGUUUAAAUAAAACUUUUUUGUAUUCUCUCUUGAGGAACUAUAGUCAGUGCUGCCCUCUUCUGUUCAAGCUAUGACAUGCAAGCUUGGAUAUUUCCCUCUACAUAAAAUUUAAUAAAUAUUGAAUACAAUUAUAUAGAUAAAUUAUUUUUGUCUUCUAUUACAUUUUGCUAAUAUGUAUUGUUGUUGUAUUUUGAAAUAAAGGUCCUUCAUUAACAAACUCUGCACUAU